AUGAGAAGAUUGGAAUUUGCGUCAGAGGUUCUUGUUGUAAGGGGAGCAAAAGUCGCAAGUCUUAAUAGGAGCGUCAUCAAGCAACCUGAUGACACGAAGUUGUCUUUUACUUUUGGUGGACAAAAUCCUGUCGACUUCAUUGCUGUGAAGAAAGACUUCUUGGCUUAUAAUCGUUUCGAGUUGUGGAGCGAACUAGGAAACAAAGUAAAAGAAGUUUCUGAUUUUCUCGAAGGUGUGUACAAAAACCAAAAAGAUAAGGAGAAACGAAUUGGAGUAAUGGAUCAUCUGCUCCAGGAAUCAAGGGGGGAUCGCAUUGUGGUAUUGAAGAUUGUGGAAAUUUUCCAGAAGGAAAGGUGGGCAUCGAUCGCUGCUACAUUCAGCAGCACAAAGAAAUCUCUUGAGUUGCGAAAAGCGGCAGAGGAAAAGGAAAGAGAAGAAAAUGAAAAAAGGAACAAAGUAUGCGAUCAGAUUGACGAGAUAUUUUCCUCGAGUUUGGAUGGUGUUUCAAGUGGUUUCAUUGAGCUCAACAAACCACUGUUGACUGAAAAUGAUGUAAAUGAAAUCCACAAAAUUGUGCUCGAUAACCUACCAAUCACAUACAAGAAGAUUUCGAAGGAACUGAGAAACAACCACACUGAAUUCGAAGUAGUACAAAGAUUGUUGUACAAUGAGAAGCAAAGGAGUCAGAUGGCUUUUUCUGCCUUUGGCCUGAUACUUGCCUACGCAUUCCAUACCGAAGGUGGUUUUGUAUUGGAGCAAAGCUUGGGAGAGUGGCAAGGCCUAGCCACUUCGUCUCGCAGCUUGGGCAUCGACAAAAGGAAACGAUUUUCUAAGUUUGAUGAGGAUUUGAAAGUCUUGAAGCGUCACAAAAAUAUUCUCACAUGCUGGGAUAACUUAAAGACUUCCAUCAAGCCUCUCAGGUUUGGGAAGUCUCAAGCACAACCAGGAAAAUCGAUUUACCUUGAUCAGCGGAUCCCUGCUCCACCUGGCAUGUUCCCGUUCGAAUGCCUUGAGCAACUGAAUGAUGCUCAACGGAACGACAUGAUCGAAGAGUUGAUUUGGGGUCAGCUGGAUCACGCGACUUUACUGCAACGUUUUCAGAGUAAGACUGGACGCCCCUUCGCCGAAGACAACGAUCCAUCAAGCCAUGGCAAGCGCGUGAUUUGGUACCAGAAGGUCUUGAAGAUUGCAAGAGCGCUACGUGACAUAAAGCGCUAUUUAGUGUCAUGUAAGCCAGAAGCGGUGGAUUUGACACCGGUGGACGACCUGACCCCAACUGGGAAAGAAAACGAUGAAAAUAAUGUUGUUCGGGCGAUAAGGGACAAACAAGAGCUCUGUGAAAAAGCGAAAGCAUUUCAACAACGAACAGUAGCAAGUUGGAAUAAAUUCGAAGCCCAUGUCACCAAAAUCUUUCCUCUACGCUCGUUGAUACAUAAGGAAAGCAGCAUUGAAGGGAGCGGCAACGUACUCUCAGAAAACAUCGAGAUGAGUGGCUUCCUAAAAGUGGACAGACGAAGUGAUGGAACGGUGAAAUACUCAUUAGGCGAAAAGUUCGAAGAACGAAAUCUCGUUGUGGCUGGUAACGAAAUGACGGUCGACGUGCUAUUGUCGUUUGCAAAGAGAAUGACAAAACAGGCAUUGAAGAGUGUUGGAGACACAAACAAGAACAACGCUGCAACCGAAUUAGCUGAUGUGCUACAAGCUAUGUUCCAAAAACUCACUGUCAUACCAGGUGACUUCAAUUUCAGUGUACACCAGUUGGACUGUCUUUUUGUUGGUUUCUACGGGAAUUGGCUACAGUGUUUUCAAUACGCCCUAGAGUGUCGAACGAUUACUGCCGACCCGAAGGAAAAAUAUUAG